AAUUUCAUACAACACGAGACGGUUGCCUCCGAGCGGUUGGCGUUCUACAACCUACUUGAAUACCCGAAAUACCCACUAAACUCCACGGCGAUUCCGCAACAAAAUUCGCCAAAAAAGUAACGAAAAAAAAAAGAAGUUUCGCGAUUAGGCGGAAAUUAGUCAAGCAAAUAAUCAUUCAAGUGUGAGUGCUCGAGAGUGAAAAGUGGCUGGAAUUCCGCAAAUUGGGAGUGUAUCAAUUAAGUGGCCAAAAUGAUUGAGAGGCGCAGUCAACUGGAUAAGAUUAUCAUCACCGCCAUGGACCGAUUCGUUUGGUUUGUCCUCCUGGUGGUCACGACGCACCUGGUCACCGAGUUUACCCGCGUCUCCGGAUACGCAAGGGGCCAGCGCCACGAGUUGGUGCUGAUGAAUGAUACCCUGCUGCAGCCGAUGCCCGUCCAGAACAUGGUGUUGUAUCCCAACCAGGAUUACGGGCAGUACCAGCAGCGUCCCUCCUCCGCCUCCUCAUCCUCCUCCUCCGCGGGAUCCAUGAGCAGCCUGCAGCACAAUGCGGCCCUGCUGCUGAGCAGCUUGGCGGCGGGAAUGAGUCCGGGAAAUGGAGCAGCUGCAGCGGGAACAGCGGUGCCCGGGAGCAACGCGGCCAUUUUGUCCCUGGGCGACAGCCAACCGGCUCAUGCAACCGAAAACGUGUACCCAAUGUUCAGUUUGCGACCCCUGAUCGACAGCAUUUUCGAGAUUCCGAUUUCGACGCUGCGCGCUGUCAACAAUUUGGUGGGUCGAUUGACCGGAGGUUAUCGCCAGGCCCCCACGGAAAUGUCACAGAAAUCCGUGGCAGCAGGUACUGCCCUACCAUCCGGCAGACAAAAUCCCACUCUAACUGCCCAUCCCAGUCCACAUCAUCAAAUGAGGGAGGAGAUGGCGUAAUUUAAGGCCCCAUAUUUAGUCAGUAAUUGAAUGAAUGUUGUAAUUUCUGUCAGUGUAUGUUUCAGUGUGUGUUUUUCGUGUGCAUUUUGACCUUUGUGAUAUAUGUGACCUUGCUGUAAGCCUAGAUUAAGUAUAUUUAUGUCAAUACAGAUGAAAAUCCAAAAAAAAAAUCGUUAGUUUAUGGAAUAAAUGUAACACCUACAAAACCGUA